AUGGCUUCUUGCAAACAGCUUCUCUUCCUUUUCUACGUUCUUAUAAACCUUUUUGGUCACACCAUUGCCCAGCCUAAUUACUUCUGCACAAACAAUGGUAAUUACAUUAGCAAUAGCACAUACGAGAGAAAUCUCAACACCCUCCUCUCCUCUCUCUCCUCCAACACCGACAAAUACGGGUUCUACAGCUCCUCAGUCGGCCAAAACCCCGACAGAGCUAAUGCAAUUGUGCUCUGUAGAGGAGAUGUUGAGCUCCAAACAUGUCGUAGUUGUAUCAAUGACACUACUACUAAGCUCAUACAACUUUGUCCUAACUACAAGGAGGCAAUUAUAUGGUAUGACGAGUGUAUGCUACGAUACUCAAACGAGUCCAUAAAUGGAACUUUGACGGAAUGGCCCAAAAUCUAUAUGUGGAACACCGGAAAUGCGACGAGCACAAAUCAAUUCAAACAGGACCUGAGGGCCUUGUUGGAUAACCUUCGAAACCAAGCUGCGUCGUCCAGUGGUCCUCGCAAGUUCGCUGCUGCAAACACAACGGGUCCGGAUUUUCAGACUAUAUUUGGACUUGUGCAGUGCACGCCUGAUUUAACUGAGCGGGAAUGCAGUAAUUGUUUACUUAAUGCUGAAGGAGAUAUUCCGACUUGUUGUGAUGGGAAGCUUGUUUGGAUAGUUAAGUAG